AUGGAGUUUAACCUUGAUUUUAUUUUAUUCCUUUUAGAUGUUGGGAGGGCAGUUCACGCCCCGCCACACAUCACAGAGAAAGUGGUGCAACUUUUCAGGAGUAAAAGCGAAUUCACCUUCUUGGCCACCAUCCAACAGAAGUCCUCCACAUCAGGAGUCAUAUUCUCCAUCCACGAGUCAGAACACAGUUUCUUUGAGCUGGAAAGCAGCGGCGUGAGAGAGGAGAUCCGCUACCACUACCGCUUCAAGGGCAAGCCACGGUCUGAGUCAUUCCCCUACCGCCUUGCUGAUGGACAGUGGCACAAGAUCGCCCUCACCAUCAGCACCUCCCACCUCCUGCUGCACGUCGACUGUAACAGGAUUUAUGAGCGGGUGAUAGACCCUCCUCAGAUGGAGCUUACCUUAGGCAGUGGAGUGUGGCUGGGUCAACACAGCCACAAGCACGGCCUGUUCAAGGGCACCAUUCAGGACGUGAAACUGAUCUUUGCUCCUAAUGGCUACAUCACACAGUGUCCCAAUCUUAAUCGCACUUGCCCCACCUGCAGCGAUUUCCUGAGCCUGGUGCAAGGCAUCAUGGACCUGCAGGAGCUCCUCGCCAAGAUGACCCUCAAGCUGAACUAUGCUGAGUCUAGACUGACCCAACUGGAGGGCUGUCACUGCGAGAGGACCUGCAGCGCCAAUGGCCUGGUGUACCGGGACAAAGAGCUGUGGGUGGAACCUGAAAACUGCAGGAACUGUGCGUGUAAAAAUGGUGUGGUGGAGUGUCGCAGGAUCUUCUGUCCUCCAGCCAACUGCUCAGACGACAUGCUGCCUGUCCAUGUUGAUGGGACUUGCUGUAAAACAUGCCGACCUAAAUGUACGUACAUGGGACAGACAUUUUCUGAGGGUCAACGCUUUCUCUCCAGGACGUGCAAGGAAUGCCAGAAUGGCUUGAUGGUGAAAUUUACAGAAACGUGUCCGGAGAUUAACUGCACCAUCGGUGAGCAGAUUUUACCUGAGGGCAGAUGCUGCAAUGUUUGCAGAGGUUAUGACUUCUGCGCAGAGGGACUCAUUUGUGGAGAAAACUCUGAGUGUAAAAACCGGAAUACUAAAGCAGAGUGUGAAUGCAAGAGCGGCUAUGCCUCCAUCCAUGGGGAUUCUACUUAUUGUGAAGAUAUCGAUGAGUGUGCAACACAGAUGCAUUACUGCCAGUCCAAUACGAUGUGUGUGAACCUGCCUGGAAGUUAUCGUUGUGACUGUCUACCAGGUUUCACCAGAGUGGAUGAAUACUCCUGCACCGAGCAUGACGAGUGUGCCAGUGGCCAAAGCUUGUGUGACGAGAACGCCAUCUGCACCAACACCAUCAGAGGACACCUGUGCACCUGCAAGCCAGGCUAUGUGGGGAAUGGCACCAUCUGCAGAGCUUUCUGUGAAGAUGGUUGUCGGAGUGGAGGAACCUGCGUGUCUCCAAACACGUGCGUUUGCCCCUCGGGAUUUACAGGGCGCCGCUGUGAAACAGAUAUAGACGAGUGUGCGGAGGGCCUGAUCGAGUGCCACAACCACUCCCGCUGUGUCAACCUACCCGGCUGGUACCACUGUGAAUGCAGAAGUGGUUUCCAUGACAAUGGAUCGUACCAGCUUGACGGAAGCUCCUGCAUUGAUAUCGAUGAGUGCAGAUUGCAGACACACACCUGUUGGAAUGAUAGUGUGUGUGUGAACCUCCCAGGAGGCUACGACUGCAUGUGCACAUCUGGUCCAGGCUGCAGCGGGAACUGCCCACAAGACGAAGUUAUAAGACGCAACGGCGAAGACUGGAAACCCACCUUUGAUCGCUGUGCUCUUUGCUCAUGCAAGGACGGACAGACAUUCUGCAGGAGGAGACCCUGUGACUGUGCAGACCCGGAUGAGGACCUGUUCUGCUGUCCUAGCUGCGACAACAGGCCCAGCAGUCAGUGUCUGGACCAGAGUGGCCGAACGCUGUACCGCAGUGGAGCGUCUUGGCUGUAUGGUUGCCAGCAGUGUCGCUGUAUGGAGGGGGAGGUCGACUGCUGGCCUUUAGUUUGUCCCGUUUUAUUGUGCGAGUACACGGCGGUGGCGGAGGGCGAGUGCUGCCCGCGCUGCGUCACAGACCCCUGCUUGGCUGACAACCUGUCGUACGACAUUCGGAAGACAUGCAUGGACCCCACAGGUGUCGCUCGCCUCAGCGGGGACACAUGGCAUAUGCCCAAGUCGCCCUGCACCGCCUGCAAGUGUAAGAACGGGAACGUUUGUUGCUCAGUGGAUCUCGACUGCCUUCAGAACAACUGAGACUCCCCGCCCCCCCCUCCCCUCUACGGGACUGUCAAACGGCCUCCUCCAUCAGACAACUCCCCCCCCCUGGAUCCAUAGGACAGACUCGCACAAAAACAUGUGCAUGACGGUGUGUGUGCACAGGAAACACACGCUGGACAGACUUUGGGUGUCGAAGUGGCGCCUUUACGCUGCAACUCUGACGACGAGCAGCGAGCGAGUGUGUGUGACUCAGGAGGAGUCGUCGUCACUCUAGGUUAACGUGCUGUGGAUGUGUCUUUAUGUUUGUUUCUUUCUUUCUUUCUUUGUUUUAUCCCUUAAUGUCCUAACAAAAUGUGUGCAAACUCAAAAGACCAACCACAGGAAACCAGCUUGUUCACAUGUCUCGGUGUUCCAUCCGUCUGUGUUUUCUGAAUAUUGGCUCCCCCGUACCUGCUCACCUGAAGGAAGGUGUCACCAGACCUUUAAAUGCCAUGGUGACAAAAAUAAAAUGGGUUCACCUUUAAUGUUUUGUCUUGUCAAGAGACGCGGUAGUUUGAAUAAAAUCACAGAAUGUGAAUAAUAUGAUGUGGGAUCUGUUUCCAGUCCAACACUAAGUUCUCCUGUUGAUGGCUUUUUCAACUUAGGUAGAUGAACUUGCUCCUGUUUUAUGCAGUGAAGAUAACUAUUUGGGGGCAUUUCUAGCAUUCUGUUUUAUAUUAAAAAAAAAAAAAGAUUUGUAACGUGGACAUCAAAGCUUUAUCAUAAACUCAGAUUUUUUUGUCUCAUCGGUUCAUCGUAGAAGUGACUACAGCCCUUAUGUCAUAUUUUCUUUGAUCUUUCACUUCUCUCCUUGCUUGGCAGCUCCACAUUCAUGUAUGAAAAUGAUCUUGUUAGUAAAGGACUAAAAUAUCUUCAUGGUCUCUUCCAGCUGGAUAUGAUUCCAUUCAAUUCAGAUCAAUUACAUUUUAUUCCUACAGCAGCAAUUCACAAUUUAGUUCAUUUACCCAGCAAACAUGAGGCUGCUCUGACUGCCUAAGUCUGCUGAUGAUCGGCAUGUUGUUUUAACGCCCCAGUUAAAGAUGGCGGACAUUCAGAUGUGCUCGAUUCAAAGGCUAUGAAUAAACCAGGUUAAACCAGAAUAAACCACAUCCCUCACAGCAUCAAGCUCUUCUGCCUCAAAUAUUUUCCCUCAGCAUCACUGUCAUUCCUCUGAUGAGGACCAGAUGCUAACAUUUAACAACAACGCUCGCUUUAUUAAGCGAUGUGAUGUGUCACAGCCACUUCUUGCAGGUCAGAACAAACAUCAUCCCAAGCUGUCGGUUAAAUCAACACAGCUCGAGAUGGGCUGGACUUCUGCGGCUCCCAGGGCUCUGCAGCCUCAGCGCCAUAUGGCAAAAAGAAAAAGCAGAGGGACAGAGAUAAAGGGGGGGAAAAAAAUUGAAAGCUGCAGAGAGCCGGGGUAAUUAAAGCCAUGUCACGCAGCCCUGGAUUUGAGUAUGCCAAGAGGUCACCGAGUGUUGAAUCUGUUUACAGACAGCCGGGCUUAAUAAGGCAGCACAGUCCAGCGCUUCCACUGCUGAAGUUCUGACACAUCGCUGCUUUCCUGCUUCACUUCUGUGUUUCAAAACCUCUCCAGCAUCAUCAAGUUUGUUCAAAGAGUGUAAACAUUUUCUCCAAAGUCCCAGUGUUGGUGCGUUGUAAUACAUUACAAACCACACAAAAUACAAAUAUUACAAUGUCCAGGAUUGUUGUUGACUGAGGGAAGACGAUAAAAGUGCUGGAGCCAAGGUAGAAAUCAUGGUACAACACUCUCUGGUUUCAGAUUUUCUAUGAUCUACAGUUGUGCUCAUAAGUUUACAUACGAAUAUUUGAUUUUAUGGUCAGACUAAGACAAAUGUAUUUUUUUCACUCAAGGUUAGGGGUUGUGUGAAGCCAUUUAUUGACAAACUACUGUGAAAUCAAAAGGCACCAAAAUGACCCUGAUCAAAUGUUUGUAUACCCGGUUAUUUUAGCACACAAGUUGAAACAAACAGGACUGAACAGCUACUAGAGGUAACCAUCCUCACCACUGAUCUGUUUGUCUGUAAUCAUUCUGUGUAUAAAAGCAAGUUUCUGGGCUCCUGGCAGACCCUUGGAUCUUCCAUCCAGUACUGUAGUUACGUUCCUGGUUCCUGAGCCAUGGGAAAGCUAAAGAAUUGUCAAAGGGUCUGUGGGAAAUGUAACUGAACUGUGUAAAACAGGAAAGGGAUAUAAAAAGAUAUCUAAGGAACUGAUAACACCAAUCAGCAGUGUUCAAACUAAAAUUAAGAAGUGGAAAAUGUGGGAUUCUAUUGAAACCAAACCAUGGUCACAUAGACCAACAACUUUUUCAGCAACAACUGCCAGGAAAAUUGUUCGGGGUGCAAAGAAAAACCCAAAAAUAACUUUAGCUGAAGUAUAGGACUCUGAAAAAAAGGCAGUGUGGCUGUUUUAAGAUGCACAAUAAGGAGGCACUUGAAGAGAAAUGGGCUGCAUGGUCGGGUCGCCAGAAGAAAACCAUUACCACGCAAAUGCCACAAAGUAUCCUGCUUCUAAUCCACCAAACAGCACAGAGACAAGCCUCAACAUUUCUGGAACAAAGUCAUUUGUAGUGAUGAGAGCAAAAUUUUACUUUUUGGCCGCAAUCAUAGACACUCAAUUUGGAGAGGAGUCAACAGGGCCUUUUAAAGCAGGAAUGGUACACCAUUCAUACUCUGUGGCCACGUUGACCUGUCAUUGGCUGCAGCAGAACAAAGUGAAGGUUCUGGAGUGUCUCAAUCUCCAGACCUCAACAUAAUUCAGCCACUCUGAGGAGAUCUGAAACGUGCAGUUCAUGAAAAACAGCCCAGGGAUUUACAGGAACCGGAGGUUUUCUGCUGAGAAGAAUGGGCCAGUUUACCAUCAGAGAAGAUAAAGAGCCUCAUCCACAACUCAAAGACUCCAAACUGUCACUGAUGGUAAAGGAGGCAAUACAAGGUAGUAAGAACUGGGGUAUGAAAACUUUUCAUCAGGGUAAUUUGGGUAGAGUCUAUUGUUCUUAUGAUUUAAAAGGUUUUGCAGUACAUGGCUUCACACAACCACUAACCAUGAGUGGAUUCCCAGUAAAAAAGUAAGAUUUUGCCAGGGUAUGUAAACUUAUGAGCACACUUGUAUAACUGCAGGUCAUAGUGUCCUUGGUUAGAACCUGAAGUCAACUUCAGUUUUAUUUUAGUUUGUCAUCUUUAUAAUUUUAUUCUGGCAAAUAAGAUUAACCUCUAUUGGUGCCCUGAAGGACACAGAGAGUCCUAAUGCAGGGAGUCCAGACUAAACUUAGUUACUAUUGCUUCACUUACAGUGCCUGGCAGAAGUAUUCACACCCCUUGAAAUAUUUCAGGUUCCAUCACCAUAUUCCCAAAUGUCUUUUAUUUGGAUUGUAGGUGAUAGACCAGCUCGAAGACGAGCGCAAAGUCAUGCACGCUCAUGCCUGCUCCUGAAGUGAAUACAAAUGUGCUGCGCAUUUAUAUUCAGCUACCAUCAGGUAAUACUCUGCUGAACAUAUUUCUGUUGCAAAAACAGCUGAAACAAGUCUAUUUAGGUAUGUCGCUACCAGUUUUACAUUGAGAAAAUUAUAUUGUUUUCUAUUUCCACUCAUAUUGAAUUAAUAUUCUUUAAUGAUUAAUGUUUAAUCCAAACCUAUCCACUGUUGUUCUGACUGUACUGUACAGUAAGUCUAAGAAGGCUGAAUUACUACUCUCAACAAAUUCUUGCAGCUGAGCUGUCGGUCUCUGCUGUUCCUCCAGUGUUACCAACCCCUCUCUUACAAAUCUCUGGUAUGUUAAAAAACAGCUAAAUUUAAAAUCAAGAUUCAAAGUGAAAUUAACUACAUGAAGGUGGUCGCUAUGCGACAUUGGAGGCUUCUAAAGGCAAUUAGUUGCAGUAGGUUAUAUCAGAGAAAAAGGGUCUGAAAACAGAUGGACAUUCUUAUUUUUAAAUUUUCAUUUGUAAAAUUAAUUAUUAUUAUUAUGAGGAUUGUUUAUUACAUAUUUUGACUUUACAUUUAAAUACUUUGUGUGGGUCUAUCACAUAUAAUGUGCUAACAUAUGGAUAAGUUUAAAAGGAAUGGAUCAUUUUACCAUAGAUGAAGAAGUAUUUUACUCAGAAGGAAAUCAAAAAAUGCUGAUCACCUGUAGUUACAUAAAGAAAUGUUGCGCUGCCAUUCAAACUCCACGCAAGCAUGCUGUCGUGUUUUCCAUUAAAUCAUUUUGGAUGUCAUCAGCAUGCUUGUCUCUUUGUCCCAUUGUUUUAAAACACAUGUUGUACAAAGGAAACCCACACAAACACGGAAAUGCAGUUGAUGUGAACUGUGUCUAUAUUAGUUGAAAGCAGAAAUUUGUACAAAGUCUCAAUGAUAAGAUUUUAAGAUUUCUCUGUUGACUGAUUUGAUAUAAAAUGACUCCCGUACUACACUAUUGGUCUGUGUGUAAAUGGUUUACAUGCUGACGAAAAAAAAAAAGAAAAAAAAAAAAGAAAUUUGUGUUCAUAGAGAAAUUGUGUUCAUUUGAGGCUACUUAUUUUUCUUUGUGUGUAUAAGUUCAGUUUUGGCUGUAAAUACAGUGUAAAUGGACGAUUACUGUAAAAAAACAAAACGAAAAAAAAAAAAGACAAUUGUGAAUAAUUCUCACUACCACAGCUUUUUAGGAUCUGAGUGUUGUACGUUAAAUAAGAGAAAAGCAACAUUUCUAUUGUUUUUACUAUUUCUUUAUUUUUAUAUUCUUGCCUUAACCCUUUUUCGUAUCCAUGAGUUUGUCUUUUUCACUGUUUUAGGAUUUGACUUGUCUCUAUGUGUAUAUACAAAUGCUUCAUUAAAACUCAACAGAACUGUAUGUUUGACAAGAAAACAAACAUGCAAUUCUUUCAGGCAUCUCUACCAGCUAAAACGGAAGAUGACGUGGACUAUUCUUUGAAUUGAUCUCACUUUUUUCCCCCCACAACACAUUUAUAUAAUCCAAACUUGAUCAUGUGUUCACUUGAACCCCCCAAAAAAGAACUAUAUAAAUAUGUAAAAGAAAGGAAAAAAAAGAAACUACAGUUAAAAAUUAAAGCUUUUGCUUGUUUUACCUCAUAUUAAGAAGCCAACAUUGUGUUACUGCUUUCAUAUUUUUUUUGUUUAAAAAACAGAAAGCAGUUCCAAAUCUUAUAGGGGUUGAUGUGCUGUUUUUGUUUUUUUUUCAUAGACGGCCGCCAUAAAGAAAAAUACAGGUUUGCCCAUUGUCAGAUCAGAGUGCCCAAUGUAGUUUUGCUCAGAGGGUCGAGUGUCAUUUAAAGACUGUGUCGUGAAAAGAAUUUGCUGUGAACUAAUUCUUCUGUUAAUAAAUAUUUAAGUUGUUUA